AUGUUUCAGCAACCCAAUGGCUAUUAUGGCUUUCAAGCCAGGCCGAAAACAAAAAAUCGGUUUAGAAUCACUGGGUAUUUGUCCCGUCGAAUGAUUACAACCAUUUCCGCCAUUUUUUUCUUCACAGCUCUUGUUAUACUUGUUAUUUCGAUACCGAGCCACAGAAAAUCUGCUUCAGAAACAUCAACUACAUUUAAUGGCUUUAGAAGGAACCAAAGACCACAUGGUUUGUGGGGGGGAAGGCACCAAACAUAUCCACCUCCACCUCCACCUCCUUCGCUCCGCGACCGUCAUCACAAGCAAAAACUACUUGAAUAUACAUCUCCAGGAGAACUUUCUUACGGGAAAAAGGGCAAAAAAUUGGCUUACCACCCAGGUUCAGAGCGUAACAGUUUUGUUAUGGAUGAUGCGUGGCGACCACACGAUGCCUACGGUGCAGCUCACAAACGCCAGUCCACCCAACUGAUCGAAAGUCUACGACCCGAGCAACGGCCACUAAAUGACUACCCAAGUAGAUCAGAGUUUCUUAAACAAACUCUAGUUUCUGACUAUGCUCAAGGUGCUGAAAACAUGUUUUUAAUGAUUAAGACUGGUGCUACAGUACUGUGGAACCGGUUGCCAAUUCACGCAGCCACUACACUUACCCGAGUACCAUAUUUUGGUCUCUAUGCUGAUCAAUCGUCUUCGCUUGCAGGAUAUGAGGUUGUUGAUACAUUGGCUAACGUUUCGGAGACCACACGCAAGUCUGAACAAUUUAAACUUUAUCGAGAACUUCAACGGUUGCGGAACACACACGCUAUUGUUGAUCCAGGUCACACACCAUUGACGGGUGGUUGGGAUCUUGACAAGUUUAAGAAUCUUCCAAUGUUGGAGCAUGCAUGGAAAACCGCUCCAAAGCAUGUUCGUUGGUUUGUUUUCAUGGAUGGUGAUUCGUAUAUUAUGCUUGAUAACCUUCUCGAUUAUUUAAAUAUGUUGGAUCACACAAAACCAUAUUACAUCGGUAACCAUCAAGUUAUUGAGGAUCAGCCAUUUGCACAUGGAGGGUCUGGUGUGGUUUUGUCACGCGCCGCAAUGAACAUGACGUUUGGAACUUAUGAAGGACUUGCUCGAGAGUACGAGGCCCAAACGCUGGACGUUUGUUGCGGCGAUUUUAUGGUAGCUGCUAUGCUGAAGAAAUUUGAUGUGGGGUUGUUAACAGUGCAAGAUGACUGGAACGACUUCUGGAAACAAGGAGAUACUUAUGAUAGUUGGUGGCGCAGAAACCUCGAACGUCGCGAAAGAGAGGAGUAUGAAGCUGGGUCACGCAUUUUCCAAGGAUCAAAUCGUGUGGGACAAAAGUUCACCAAGUUCCCUCAUUGGGAUUUGGCCAUAAAACGGUCCGAAUGGUGUAACAAAGCUGUCAGUUUCCAUCAUUUGAGCUCCAUGGAUGUUGAAAUUCUGUGGGAAUAUGAGCGAUUACUUUCUCCAGAACAAAAGCGUCACAUCACUUAUGCUGACAUUUAUCGCGACUUUGUUGCUCCAUACAUUGAGCCAUUUAUGCCUGGUUGGAAUAGCAUGGCUCGUACUAAAGAAUACUCCAAGCAAUCUUUUUUGGAAGCUUUAGAAAAAUUACGUCAAGAACGUGCAGAUAAAGAGCUAAAAUUACAAAAUGGCGAAACAAUCGAUGAAGAAGAGGCUUUACGUCAAAAAAAGGACGAAAUUGUGGGUGAUGACGAAGAUAUUGACAGUGGUAAGCAUCCAUGGAAUUCACCAUAUUUGUGCCAGCAAAAGUGUCUGGAUGAUCCUUAUUGCUUGUCUUGGAGAUAUCUUCCUGAAGAAAGUUACUGUGCAAACGAUGAUGCAGUACGGCUUGGUCGCCCAGCUUUGGAUUAUCUUAAAUAUGAUGAGGAAGAAGCUGGUCGCAAACUUGGUGGUGCUGUUAGUGGCUACAUGAUUGAUCGAAUCCGCCGGAUUCGUCGUACAAAGGAUUGCGAUGUUCUUGGUCCAGAUUCAGCCAGUAUCGCAGCGUACCGGGAAAAGGCCAAGCAGAGAGAAAAGAGAUACUCUGUUCUUGAUAAAAAGGCACAGGAAACUGCCAUAGCAGCAGGACUUAACGUAUAUACCCCGCCAGCUCGAGCUGAAGACCCAGAAGCAAUGUACAAAGUUGAGCGCCAAAGAGUGCUCGAUUCUUCAAGUAAAGCUAAUAUUGCAGCAUUAGAAAAUGCUUUGGCAGUUAUCCGGGCUGUGGGGAAAGAGGAUGAUACUACUUCAAACAAGGGGAUUUCCCAAAAAGACCGCUAUGAAGGGUGGUAUCUGCGUGCAAGAAUAGCAAACAGGAUAGAUGAGGAACGAGAAAGAAGCAAACGUGAUGUGGAUGAAAGAUUACACAGAGGCGAAGCGGUUUAUGGAAAUGCAUUAUCAGAAGAAGAAGCAUAUCUUUUUAACGACCGCAGCAGGCAUAUUGAUGGUCUAAAAGAAGUUUAUAUGCGUGAGAUGAAUGGAACGGUUUGA